UUCAACAUUUCACAGUUCAAUUUCUUGCAGUUGAUGCUCUCUUAUUGCCCCAAAUCCAAUCAGAUACAUUUAAUGAAGCAAAACAGGCAAAAUUUACCCAUUCCCGUACAUGAAAGCUUGAUUUAGGUCAUCAGAAGAAGUCAUCUUGUGCUAUAACCAUGACACAGCAGGACCACGGAGAUGCCCUUGGGGCUGGCACGUAGAACACGGGACCAGGGUGCAGAGAGGGUUGUGUUUGCUCUGUAUGUUCCUGGAACAGCUCUCCAUUUCACAACCUGGAGAUAGGAGCAGGCUGUGGCAUGGAGCAGAGGGUCACCUGCUGGAACAGCUUCACACAAAGCCCAAGUGACCAAGGGGCAGAGGAAGCUGGGCUGGCAAAGCAGGGAAAAGCCCAGAGUAAAGGAGGGAACAGGAAGAGGGCUUGUUGCUGAAAUGCCUGUCACUCCCAUCUGCCCCAGUUCCUCUCUGUCCCUCCCAGCUGGCCGGUGGGACCCGGCACUCAGCUGCUGGCCCUCAGCAGGGUGUUCUGCUCCAGCUUCCAGCCCAUGGAUGCGUGAACAUGGGGCUGCCUGGUGCACUCCAUCCUUCACCCAGGUUCCCCUGGGGCAGAAACCAACCCAGCUGCACUGGAGCCAAGAGUGUGGGGGUCCUCCUCCUGAUGGUGUGCCUUUGGGGUUCAGUGUACCCAGACUCGGUGGAACUCCGCCUGAUCAGUGACCAUGGCCGCUGUGCUGGGCGAGUGGAGGUGCUCCACAAUGGGAUAUGGGGGACAGUGUGUGGUGACAACUGGGAUGCCCAUGAUGGCCAGGUUGUGUGCCGGCAGCUAAGCUGUGGAACAGUGCUGUCAGUCUCACAAGGGGCUCGGCACGGAGAAGGAAAAGGACCAAUCUGGUUGGAUGAUGUCAACUGCACAGGGACAGAAGCUGCCCUUUCCGAAUGCCAGGCCAGGCCGUGGGGACAUCACAAUUGCGUCCACAUGGAGGAUGCCAGCGUGGAGUGCUCAGAAUCCCACAUCUCCAAGAUUGGUCGGCUCCAGCUGCUCGAUGGCCCCAGCCGCUGUGCAGGAAGAGUGGAGGUGCUCCAUGACCAAAGAUGGGGCACCAUCUGUGAUGAUGGCUGGGACCUUGCUGAUGCUAAUGUGGUGUGCCGGCAACUGGGCUGUGGAACAGCAGUGCUGGCCACUAAAGCGGCUCACUAUGGGAGAGGCCAAGAUACCAUCUGGUUGGAUGAGGUCAACUGCACUGGUACAGAGGAAUCCAUCUUUGACUGCAAGGCAAGUGCAUGGGGAGUCAACAACUGCUACCAUGGAGAGGAUGCUGGAGUGCUAUGUUCAGAUUCGGGGGUUCCUAUUUCAAUGGAGCUUCGCCUGGUCAAUGGUUCAACUCGCUGCAAUGGCAGGGUUGAGGUCUUUCACAACAACACUUGGGCAGCUUUGUGUGACGAUGGCUGGGGGAUGGCUGAGGCUCAAGUGGUGUGUAGGCAGCUGGGCUGUGGCGAAGCACUGUUGCCUCCUGUUGGGUCUCAUUUUGGGCAAGGAUCCGGACAGAUGUGGCCAGGCAACAUAAACUGCACAGGCUCAGAAAGUGCCCUCUUUACAUGCAAGACAAGGCAAUGGAACAACAGCAUAUGUCAUCCUCAGACAUCAGCUGGUGUGGUGUGUUCAGAGGGUGACCAGAUCCGGCUGGUGAAUUACAGGAGCCGCUGUGCUGGCAGGGUCGAGAUCUUACACAACAAGCAUUGGGGAACUGUGUGUGACAAGAACUGGGAUUUGCUGGAUGCCAAUGUGGUGUGCAGGCAGCUGGGCUGUGGGAGAGCACUGUCAGCCACUGGACAGGCUCAGUUUGGCCAAGGGUCCGGAAUUGUGUGGCUGGAUGGGGUGAAUUGCACAGGGUUUGAGUACUCACUAUCUGCCUGCUUGGCCAAGCCAUGGGGAAUCACUAACUGUGACCACUGGGCAGAUGCUGGCGUGGUAUGCUCAGACUCGAUCAUUCCAGAGCCUGCUCAUGUCCGACUGGUGAACGGCUCACAUCACUGUGCUGGCCAAGUUGAAGUGUUUCACGAGGAGAUGUGGGGAGCUGUGUGUGACCAUGGCUGGGAUAAAAAGGAUGCCGAGGUUGUGUGCCGGCAGCUGGGCUGUGGGACAGCACUGUCAGCCUCAAGUGAAGCACACUUGGAUGCUGGAUCUCUGCGCGUGUGGUUGGACAAUGUGAGCUGUGAGGGAACAGAACUAUCUCUUACGAAAUGCAGAGCAAGCCCAUGGGGAAAGAGCAGCUGCAGCCGUGGAAAGCAUGCUAGUGUUGUGUGCUCAGGCUCGGUUGUUUCCAGUUUUGCCCCAGUUCGACUGGUGGACGGCCCAGGUCGCUGUGCUGGGAGACUGGAAGUGUUUCACAAUCAGCAAUGGGGAACGGUGUGCGACGACAGCUGGGAGUUCACAGAUGCCGCAGUGGUGUGUCGGCAGCUGGACUGUGGGGUGGUGAUAUCAACUCCACCGAGGGCUUACUUUGGGCAAGGACAGGGACCCAUGUGGCUGGAUGACGUCAACUGCAUGGGGACAGAAGCUGCCCUCUCUGAAUGCAAGUUCAAGGGAUGGGGUAUCCACAACUGUUAUCAUCAUGAAGUUGUCAGUGUGGUGUGCUCAGGAUCAGGCAUUUCUGACCUAGCAGAUCUCCGCCUUGUGAAUGGCUCUGAUAAAUGCUCUGGAAGGCUUGAAGUUUUUCAUGACCAGCGCUGGGGAACUGUUUGUGCUGAUGGCUGGGACCUGGCUGAAGCUUACGUGGUUUGCAGGCAGCUGGGCUGUGGGGCAGCACGCUCUGCAUCAAGCUCUUCCAGAUUUGGGGAAGGACCUCAUCUGACCUGGGUUGAUGCCGUGGAGUGCAUAGGGAUGGAGCGAGCCCUGUUUGAAUGCAAAGUCAAGCUCUGGGGAGCCCAGACCUGCAAGUCCAAGGAAUAUGCAAGUGUUGUGUGCUCUGAGGCUGUAGAUGUAGACCUGCGGAGCCCAGAAGCCCUACGGCUGGCAAAUGGUCCACACCGCUGCUCUGGACGGGUGGAGGUGUUUCAUAGUCAGCAGUGGGGGACGGUGUGCCAUGAUGACUGGGAUCUGAACGAUGCCAAUGUGGUGUGCCGGCAGCUGGACUGUGGAACGGCGGUGUCAGCUCCGAGGAUGUCUUCAUUUGGGCGAGGGUCUGGUCCCAUCUGGCUAGAAGGGGUGAAAUGUCUUGGGACAGAAGCUACCCUCAUUGAAUGCCCAGUCAAGCCUAAAGGACUCUAUAGUUGCAGCCAUUUGGAAGAUGCUGGUGUUGUGUGCUCAGGCUCGGGGACUUCCAAUAUUUCCACACUUCGGCUGGUGGAUGGUUUGAGUGAGUGUGCUGGGAGGGUAGAGGUGUUUUACAACAAUGAGUGGGGGACAGUCUGCGAUGACAACUGGGACAUGAAUGAUGCGGCGGUGGUGUGUCGGCAGCUGGGAUGUGGGACUGCACUGUCAGCCCCGGGAUCAGCUCGAUUUGGGUGGGGACACAGCCAUAUCUGGCUGGAUGAAGUACGCUGCACAGGGGAGGAAAAUGAUAUCUCACAGUGCGCAGCUAAGACUUGGGGUGUCCACAACUGCCAUCAUGGAGAAGAUGCUGGUGUGGUGUGCUCAGGAAACUUGAGCUCAGCUGAUGUACGUCUUGUGAAUGGUCCCAGCCGCUGCGCCGGGAGAGUGGAGGUCCUGCACAAUGGGCAGUGGGGGACGGUGUGCGAUGAUGGCUGGGAUCUGAACGAUGCCAAGGUGGUGUGCAGGCAGUUGGGCUGCGGAACAGCGCUGUCGGCCCCGGGCAGGGCUCAGUUUGGGCAAGGCACUGGGUACAUCUGGCUGGAUGACGUGAGCUGCACUGGGAUUGAGGAUGCACUCCCGCAUUGCCAAGCACGUUCAUGGGGACAGAAUAACUGCAACCACAGAGAAGAUGCUGGUGUAGUCUGCUUAGUGACAGACACCUCAAAAACCAACUCCCUGCGGCUAGUGAGUGGCCCCAGCCGCUGUGCUGGGAGAGUGGAGGUGCUGCAUGAUGGACAGUGGGGCACGGUGUGCGAUGAUGGCUGGAACCUCCAGGCUGCCACUGUGGUGUGUCGACAGCUGAACUGCGGCAGGGCUAUGUCAGCCCCCAGCGGUGCUCGCUUUGGUCAAGGCUCUGGGCAUAUCUGGCUGGAUGAUGUGAACUGUGCUGGGACUGAGGAUGCCCUUCACCAUUGCCGAGCCCGUCCGUGGGGACAGAAUAACUGCAACCACAGAGAAGAUGCUGGCGUGGUUUGCUCAGACUCCGAGAUUACAGCCAAAGUGCGGCUGGUGAAUGGUCCACACCGCUGUGCCGGGAGGUUGGAGGUGUUUCAGAACGAGAGAUGGGGGACCGUGUGUGACAACGGCUGGGACAUGAAUGACGCCAUAGUGGUGUGCCGGCAGCUGGGCUGUGGCAUUGCUCUCUCGGCUCCUGUCCAGGCUUACUUCGGCCAAGGGUCAGAUCCCAUCUGGAUGAACAGAGUAUCCUGCAUCGGGACAGAAAGUUCCAUUUCAGAAUGCUUGUCAUCUCCAUGGGGAAUCCAACUGUGCACCCACAUGGAUGAUGCCGGUGUGGAAUGCUCAGACAAAAAUAUCACAGUGGAGGCAGCAGAGAUCCGCCUCAUGAAUGGCCCCAGCCGCUGUGCUGGGAGAGUGGAGGUGCUGCAUGAUGGACAGUGGGGCACGGUGUGCGACGACGGUUGGAACCUCCAGGCUGCCACUGUGGUGUGUCGACAGCUGAACUGCGGCAGGGCUGAGUCAGCCUCCAGGGGGGCUCGCUUUGGUCAAGGCUCUGGGCAUAUCUGGCUGGAUGAUGUGAACUGUGCUGGGACUGAGGAUGCCCUUCACCAGUGCCGAGCCCGUCCGUGGGGACAGAAUAACUGCAACCACAGAGAAGAUGCUGGCGUGGUUUGCUCAGAAAACCGCACAUCUCCCCUUGCAGAAGACUCCAACACCACGGAAGAAAUACAGAUCCGGUUGGUGAAUGGCCCGAAUCGCUGUGCUGGCAGAGUGGAGGUGUUUCACAAUGGGCAGUGGGGAACAGUGUGUGAUGACAGCUGGAAUUUAAGAAGUGCUAAGGUGGUGUGCCGGCAGCUGGGCUGUGGGACAGCAGCAUCAGCUCCAGGCAAGGCUCACUUCGGAGGAGGGUCUGAUCCCAUCUGGCUGGACGACGUGGAGUGCAGUGGCACUGAAGCUAGCCUCUCCCAGUGCAGACUGAAUAACUGGGGAAACCAUAACUGCAACCACGAGGAAGAUGCGGCAGUGGUGUGCUCAGGCACCAACCCCUUGCAGGUGCGGCUGCGGGACAGCUCAAGCCCCUGUUCAGGGCGUGUGGAGGUUCAGUACAACACCACCUGGUACAGCAUCUGCAACAAAAGCUGGAGCUCCUUGGAGGCAGAGGUGGUCUGCAAGCAGCUGGGCUGUGGACCAGCACAGGCUGAAAGCGCAGGAACCCAGGCCAGCCAGGAUCACAACUACAUCUUUCUAGAGGGGCUGCAAUGCCGUGGUGCCGAGUCACUCCUCCUGGAGUGUCAGCAGAACAAGAUUGGCCCAGGGCUGUGCCAGCACCGCGUGGCAGCCAGUGUGGUAUGCACAGAACCAAGAGGCUCUCCAUCGUCCUGCUCUGCGCUGGUAGCACUGCUCAUCCUGAUGGUGAUGGUGAGCGGGGUCCUGCUGUGGCUCUACCUGAAGAGCAGGUGCACUGGAGCAGCCCAAGCUGCAGCCCUUAGAUGUCCCAGGGAGCAAGGUGCCUCUGCAAUGCCCUUCCAGACUGCGGGAGCCAUCUACCAUCCAGCUGAAGGACAGUUCCACAAGGAUGCUGAUACAGAGACAACUGAGCUCAUCAGAGAAGAUGCUUUCUUGUGAUGCUGGUAUAAUCCCUUCUGCAGAAGCAGCACUAUCAGUCCAUGCUGUGGGGUCAUCAGCCAAGCUCAUUCCUCUUUUCCUCCUGCAUCUCAUUCUUCAGAGCAAAUGCUUUUUUCCUUAUGCUCCUCCAGAACUGCAGGAAGCCCUCACAUGCUUUUGAGGAGACUGCAAAGCAUAGCUGAUGGGCUGGAUGUUUAUAAAACAGUCUGUACCAAUGACUUAUACUCAGGAGCCCCAAGACGUUUGGGAAGACCACGGAUAGCAUCUCAAAUACAACAGAUAAGUGCUUCCAAGCAAUGGUCUAUUGACUGUGAGUUAUUUAGAGCACUGUCUCAGGUGUUUCAGAUAGACAGAACAAACACUCUGAGCUAUGGCAGAGAGAGCCUUCUCUGAGAUUCUCAGUGUGCCUCAUGGAUUAUUAAAAGGGGUCAAGUUAUCAAGGGUGACCGGGUACAGAGAGGGAGACGGCAUGGCAACAUUCUGCCUCUUUCAGUCUGGCCAGCACAAGGCAAUAUGGGUAGGUUAUGCCUGAACAUGUCCAGUCCUUCUCCGACUUUGGAAGGGCUGGUUUCUUUCUAAGGCUCAUCAGUGCUCAUCUAUGUAUCAGCUAUUUUCAUUAUUUACAAUAGAUUACAAACCAUAUACAGCAAAAUAAAUUCCUCUUGCCUUACUGCCUACAUUACUUAGCCAUAUGAUGAAGAACAGUGAUCUGGAGCUGAACGCAGCCAGCAGCCAGCUACACAGACAUGCUAUGGGUGCUGCAUCUGCAAAUAUAGUGACACAUUAAGGGACUGAGAUACAUUCAUCAACUGCGUCUGGAGGAGGACAGUUCAUGGACAAACUCAAUGUCCUUUUAAAAUCAAAGUCUUGACAUUAUGAGCAAUAAUAAAAAAAAACAAACCCCAUGCA